AUGUUCCUUAGCUGCCAAAGCAGUUCCUUCGUCUUCGUGGAUGACAUCUCGCUGACGGCCUCAGAAAAUGCACCCCCGGUCCCGACAUCAGCGCCCUCGUCCGCCUGCCGCGAUGGGUUCCCCACUAUUGGACAGUCCCCGUCGCCAGCUCAACCGACCCCAUGCCGGAGCGGAUGCACCGGCGCAGUCCCACCGGUCAAUGGCCAGCUCGCAAUUCCACAGGGUUCAGUGGGCGGUUUUGGACCCACCCCGCCCACGACCGUACUCACGGGGGUGCCAGAUUACGCCACGUGCUGCACACUGUGCGUCCAGGCGGGCUUGGCCAAGUGCGAGCUCUUCAACUACAUAAGCGCCUUUCGCUACUGCCUCUUCCUGAACGACGCGAGCUGCAGCUCCGUGACAACGGCCGUCGUGUUCUCGAACACCAAUGAUACGUACGCGCUGAGCCCCCUGAGCUGCCCGGACAGCGUCACUCCGGCCCCGACCACACCCGCGCCGACCACCCCCGCCCCGACCACCCCCUCCCCGACCACCCCCUCCCCGACCACUCCAGCCCCGACCACUACCCUCCCGACCACUCCCUCCCCGACCACCCCGGCCCCGACCACCCCCGUCCCGACCACCCCCGCUCCUACGACCCUGAGCCCAACUUCGGCUCCUGCUUUUACAACUGUGGCGACCCUUCUGCAAGGCGGAACCUGCGACUACCUGUCCUACUUUCAGAACCAGUGCUUUGACCCGUCGGGUGCACUUUACGUCUGCUGCGAUCCGGAGUCCUGUGGCCCGACCGUAAACAAUCUCCCUACCUGUGCGAGCGGCAAGUACCAGCCAGUUCUGACAGCGGUCCCCACUCCGACCGGAACCGUGCCGACCGGAACCGUGCCGACCGGAACAACUAGUCCCACCGGAACGACCCCGAUUCCUACCGUCAGCAGCGCCCCAAUCAUAGACGCGUGCGACGCUUAUGGCAGCGACCCCAACCAGUGCUUCAACGCCGCGGGGGACGCCUUCGUCUGCUGCAGCAAUCCGUGUCUCUCGCCCCCGCCUUCGAUCGCGUCGUGCGGUCCCACGACCCCACCAACCGCUACCCCCGGGCCAGCCGGCAGUCCCGCCCCGACUGCCUCUGCGCGCGCACCGCGCGCGUGUGACCCGUACUCGGGGCUUCCCAACCAGUGCUUCAACGCCGCGGGCGACCAGUUCGUUUGCUGCCGCACGGCGUGCGUCGCCGCCCCGGGCGCUACUGCAGCAUGUGCCUAA